ACGAUGGAACUGAAUGGGAAAUUCAAUAUCGCCCUCUCACUCUCUCUUCUCCGUCCCUGCUGAGGUUGAUUGAAGUUGCGUCUAACAGGAAGUAAUUAUCCCGGCAGAUGAGAAGGAUUAAAUUGCUUGUCCUCUGGAAAGCUCAUAUUUCGCCUGUCUCAUGUCCGCAGAAAAUUCAAAAUAUCCGAACCUGCAGCUAGCGGGACGAAAAAGGCACAAUUGCGAUCGAAGCGCGUUCAAUAUCUCACUUACUGAUUCUAUUUACCCUGGUGCAACUUAUAAGCAGCUUUCCAAAUUAUUUUCCUACGUUGACUUAAAACCAAUCUCAAGAAAUUUGAGAGCUUCACAUGAGAAUUUGUACAAUGGCGCGUUUCAUCCACGAGCACUUUUUAUCUCUGACGACUGACGGUGAAUUGCUUUCGCCUGCGGGCGUUUUAUUUUCACAAGCUCCCGCUAGUGAGCCACUUUAAAACCGUCAAAAGCUUCCGUUCGAAAAAACAAAACAACAAUUCUUCAUGUUACGUGCUCGAUUGAGAAAUUUCUUCCCAUGUUGGGACACCCAAUAAGGACAAAAAUAGAGCACUUGAAAAUAAUUUCUGUCAAAGCGGACAAUCCUUGGUUAGUCUUGUACUAUUGGAUUGCACGGUAACUUGAGUGACGAACUUCGUAAUGUAAUCAACACAAGGUCAGGAAUGUUCACUGGUUGCUAUGGUUUGACAAGUAUCUAAACUCUUGUGAUCAGUCAUCUUUCAGCGUCGUGACCCCAGGAACGGUGCGGUUGAUUUAACCCAAAUUAAUAAUAUACUAUUAUCUAUUUCAUCCAUACUAAUUGCAAGCUUAUUUGAGCCAAUAAUUGCAGGGCAAGCGAUCAUAAAACCCGCCAACGACAACUGGUGUUGUCACUUGAAGGACUUGUGGACGGCUAACGCUUUUAACAGCUUACUGCGAAACAUUCCAAGAAGAGAAAAAACGGCCAUGGAUGCGAAUAACUCGACGACGAGUGGAGAUCUGAGCAUUUGCACGGAGCCGACAAAACCUACUUUCAUCCUUUACACUGUGUUUCUCGUGUUAAUAAUGCUGGCCACAAUAUUUGGGAACCUUCUGGUUAUCACCGCGGUUUAUCUCUACCAUCGCUUGCGACGAAUGACUAAUUUCUUCAUCAUUUCCCUCGCAGUAUCUGACCUGUGCGUCGCUCUUGGUCAUCUUCCGCUUCGUAUCGUCAGCAGCGUGCACAACGGCAACUGGUGCUUCGAUCAGGAAGAGGGAGACGUGACAACUUGUGCCUAUUGGGUAGUUAUGGACACUGUUUUCAGCAGUGCCUCUAUCUGUAACCUGGUCGUCAUCUCGGUCGAUCGCUUUCUAGCUAUCACCAAACCUUUCGAGUACCAGAGCCGUAUGACCAAGCGAGUGGGGUUUUCUUUGAUCGCCUUCGUAUGGGUUUACGCAAUGCUCUGGGGAGUUUUGAGCCUGGUUAAUUGGUCGGGAGGCCCUCAAACUAACAUUCAAAUCACCUCGACGGAUCCACGAUCCUGUAGAAAAUCUGACAAAAUUUAUUACACUACAGCGAUGGCCGUUGCAUUAUUUUUGCCGUUGCUAAUAGUCAUCGUAACGUACUCGUUCGUGUUUCGGGUGGCGUUCACCCAAGCAAAAGCGGUCGCUUCCCUUGACCCAAACAAGGGGAAAAGGCGAAUUUUGCGGGAAUUGAAAGCAACAAAAACUAUUGCUAUUGUCAUUGGAGUGUUUAUUGUAUGCUGGCUGCCGGGUUUCAUCCUCAUUGUCAUAAGUUUAUGGUGUACGGUCUGUUUUGAACCCUUUCAGAAGAACCCGACACUUGCUCAAGCAAUAAGUAUCCCAUUUGUCUCCGUUUUGCCAAUAAUGAACAGUUCGUUAAACCCGCUUAUUUAUACGGUAUUUAACAAGGAAUUUCGCGCAGCAUUCAGCCGAAUGCUUUGCAGACGAGGGGAGGCCUCUCGGAACAAUACUAUGGAUGAAGUUUCCGUAACUGAAGCUAACCAUUUUGGAACAAGCGCAGAAAGCCGAAGAAGUAACCGCUUCAAAUCCUGGAUACGAAUGAACGGCAAGGCAAAGCAACCAAGUUAAGAGAUAUUUUUGGAAUGAAAAUGCAAGUAAAAAAGAGAUGGAUAUGUCGUAAUCGGCCGCAAUCUCGCCCAACAUGUCAUCAAAAUGGAGGGAUUCAAACUCGCACAAAGCAAAGUAAUCCCAAACAUUUUGACAGCAGAACAAAACAUUUCUGUCUUGCCUCUGCCGACAAUUUCGUUUUCCUGCGGAGUUUUUGAUGGAUUAAUGCAAAAACAAAGGUUACAUAUCCAUGUGGUUUUAUUAAAAAGUAUGAAUUUCAAUCGUUACAUAAAAUCAUUUCAGCUCCGCGGUUUUCCUCUAAGUUAAUUUUUGCCGCGAAGUUUUCUUUCGGUGACUUCAAAGCUGUGUAAAUUCAAAUAUACGACGACUCUAUCAAUGAAAGCAGUAAAAGGACAAAAUUCCCGUAGAAAAAAAAUUAGGUGCAGUAAUUUCGUCGUUAAAUUCAGCCUUUGUUUUUCGAGAACAUACUGUCAGAAGAUUGCGCGGACAAAAGUAUAGACUGAAUGCAGCUCUCAUCCGAAAUUUGAAUACAAAACAAGUUUUAUUGUUCUAUCGAACAAAUGUACACACAAAAACGCUGUAUAUGAUUGAAAAGGGUUUAUUACAUUACUUCUUUUAGACCUGUAACAAACGAUAGCAGUGUGUCACGAUCACACGAGAAUAAGUGUAGAUUAGAACAGGCAUUUGAUUCACUAGACAUUUGUGAACUAAAGUUAAAAAACAAGCUGUGGCCGGCUGCGUUAAUUAUGGUUUUAGAUUUAACUUUUUAGAUAAAACAUCGCGAUCGAAAAUUGUGAUAAAAUAUGGUAAUUAUUGUUGCAUUUUGCUUUAUCUUGCGUCGAUUACUAGUGAUAGUUCCAGCUAAAAAAAGGUCACGUAUCUAUGUAAAUCAAUCCUAUUCCAGACGGAAGUUUUGUUUUUUUUGUGCAUGUAAAAUUUCUGUUAAUACAUUGGUAUUACUGGAUGUAAUAGCAUUAUCCACGCGCGGGGUUUUGAACAAAAAAAGCAACUCUGAAAUUGCCUCAUAAAUUCACUUUGUACAGAAAAAGCAUGACGCUAUCUGAUAGGAUUAUAGGGUCGGAACUUUUUGAAUUUGGUGUCUGAUCGUGUUAAUCUUCAGCUGCCUGUGUAAAACUUAAAGAAUAAAGUUCCUAUUUGCGUCA